GACCUCUGUGUCCCCCUGUGGCUACAGCAGGAGACGGGGUGACCACGACUGACAAAAACAAGCAGGACACAGAAGCAGGCACUGCCUCCCAGACCACAGCGAAGGUCCUAGGAGACCAGAUGCCUCCCCGACAGUAAAGAGAGAGGCUGAGGGCACCAUGGGCACCAUGUCCUCGAAAAAGCUGACUCCAAAGGACAAAGAUCACCGACCGGAAAUUAAAGCCAGAGGCCACCGCUACUGGACAUCAAAGCGCGACGGCGAGGUGCAGCUGCGGCAGGAGGACGCCUUCGCCAGCCAGCCGCCCGUCACCGUGCACGACAUGGUCAUGAACACGGCCAUCAGGUACGCCAACUACAUCGCGCUCGGCUCCAAGCACAGGAACGGCUGGCACCUCCUCACCUACAUAGAGUACUACGAGGAGUGCCGGCGCGCCGCCAAGGCCUUCCUCAAGCUGGGCCUGCAGCGCUUCCACAGCGUGGGGAUCAUGGGGUUAAACUCCGAGGAGUGGGUCAUCGCCAGCAUCGGUGCUAUCAUGGCUGGAGGCUUCUCUGUUGGCAUCUUGUCCACCAACUCCCCCAAAACCUGCCAGGGGAUCGCCGAAAGCUCGGAGAUGGACAUCAUUGUGGUGGAUAAUGACAGGCAGUUGCAGAAAAUCAUCCAGAUCCAGGGCUACCUGAAGCACCUCAAGGCCAUCGUCCAGUACAAGGAGGAGAUCCGGACCCAGCUGCACAACCUGUACUCUUGGAGAGGCUUCCUGGACCUGGCGGACGGCGUCUCGGAAGACACGCUGGACCAGGUCAUCGACUCCCAAAAGCCCAACCAGUGUUGUGCCCUGGUCUACAGCAUGUCGCUCACCGGCACCCCAAAGGCCAUGAUGCUCAGCCACGACAACAUCACUUGGACCACGGAGAUCACUGCCCAGAGCCUGUCUUAUAAGUCCCCCCCGGAGAAACAGGAGGUCCUGGUGAGCUACCUCCCGCUCAGCUACCUGGCGGCCCAGCUCUUCGACAUGUGGCUCUCCAUCUCUGUGGCCGGAGCCCUCUACUUCGCCCAGCCGGAUGCUCUGAGGGGCUCCCUGAUAGACACGCUGCGGGAGGUGAAGCCCACCAUUUUCUACGGCGUCCCGUGGGUCUGGGACAGACUGCUGGACACCCUGAAGAGCAGCCAGCUGGCCUCCACCCCGCUCCGGAGGAGGGUCGACAAGUGGGCCAUGUGGCUGGGGCUCAGGGCCAACAGAAGGCGGAUGCUGGAGCAGGCCCAUCCCCCGCUGUGCUUCAGCGUGGCCAAGAAGCUGACCUUCAACCUGGCGCGGAGGUUCCUGGGCCUGCACCGCUGCCGCCAUUACUUCAACCUGGGCGCGGGGCUCCCCGGGGCCACCUUGGAGUACUUCCUCAGCCUCAACAUGCCCAUCCGCGAGCUCUACGGCUUGGCUGAGAGCACUGGCAUCCACACGCUGUCCAGCCAGGAGGACUUCCGGCUGCUGAGCUGUGGGAAGUCCCUCCCCGGCACCCGCACCAGGACCCAGAAAGAAAAUGAGGAGGGCACUGGGGACAUCCACAUUUGGGGCCGGAACGUCUUCAUGGGGUACCUCAAUGAUGAGGAGAAAACCCAGGAGAAAAUUGAUGUCUAUGGCUGGAUGCGCACGGAGGACCUGGGCUUUUUGGACAAUGAUGAAUUCCUCUAUGUCUUGGGCAACGAAAAGGAUAUCAUCACCCUCAGUUCAGGUGAGAAGAUCAACCCGAAUCCCAUCGAGGAGCGCGUGAAGAGGUGCAUUCCCAUCGUCCACUACGUGGUGCUAGUGGGCCAGGAUGCCCCCUACCUGUGUGCUCUGCUCACACUCAAGUGCCAGGUCAACAUGGACACGGGGGAACCUCGCAACGCGCUGACCAGCGAGGCGGUGGCCUUCUGCAGGCAGCUCAAGAGCCAGUCCACCCGGCUGUCAGACAUCGUGUAUGACAGAGACCCAGUGGUCAUGGACUUCAUCAGUCAAGGGAUCGAUGCUGCCAACGCCCAGGUCACCUCCGACAGCGCCAAGAUCGUCAAGUGGACGAUCCUUGAGACGGACUUCUCCAUGGUUGGAGGGGAGCUGGGGCCGACCACCAAACUGAGGAGGGCCAACGUGGCCAAGAUCUACCAGCCUGAAAUUGAAAGCUUUUACGAGGAGGAUGAAUACUAGCAGUGGGAAGGGUGGGGGGCAUCCUGCUGCCCCAGGAAACCCCCUGCCAUGGGCAUCCCCGUCCCCCUAGAUCACAGAGCUGCCUUCCAGCAGGAGGGAAGUGCAGUGUUUCAGAUUUAAAGGUAAAAGGAGAAUAAAAUUGGU